CACAGAUGGCUGGUUAUUCGGUAGGAUGUCAUCGAUCUUGACCAAAGUAUGAAUAAAUUCAUAAUUUACUGAGGAUUAUUUUCCUAUUGCAACCAAGGGCCAAGUCAAGAUUUUCCCGCCUUUCGUUGGUGUGAUAAUCCAAUGGCAGCGAGUUACGGGUACACCAAAGUAUAGCUGAUGCUUUAAGGUUCCAGUUUUUCAAAUCUGAGUAACGAAACAGCACAGCAUGGACACUCAAGAAGAGGCAGGUCUUCGCAGGUUAUAUGGAGAACCAUGCUUAACUGAUAAAAUUCUACAAGAGGUUGCUACGAAGCUUGGUUGCGAAUGGGAAACACUGGCAGUGGAGCUGAACUUUACGGUGACUGAGGUAGAGACUAUCGAGAAAGAGAACCAAAACGACGUAGUAAGGCAAGGUUUGAAAAUGCUUGUUAAAUGGAAACAUGCCCAGUCCACCAGUGUUGAAGAGCAGAUUACCAUGUUGAGCACAGCAUUGAAGAACAUCAGAAGAGCAGAUAUUGCAGGAUUUCUUCUGCCUGAACCAUGCUUAAAUGACAAAAUUCUGCAAGAGGUUGCUACGAAGCUUGGUCGUGAUUGGGUAGAACUAGCAGUUGGGCUGGGCUUUACUGUGACUCAAGUUGAAACUAUCGAGAAAGAUAUCAAGAACGACGUAGUAAGGCAAGGUUUGAAAAUGCUUGUAAAAUGGAAACAUGCCCAGGCUACCAGUGUUGAAGGGCAGAUAACCAAGUUGAGCGCAGCAUUGAAGAACAUCAGAAGAGCAGAUAUUGCCGGAUUUCUUCUGCCUGGACCUUGGGAACUUAAAUCGUGUCAAGAACAGCUAAGAAUGACUUACAACAGCAGCGAUUUCAUCUCUAAACACCCCACCUGCACCGAGGACCCUCUUCAUCUUGUGGAUGUUGAUGAGUUUUACACCGAGAUACGUCUGGGUCAAGAUGAUUAUUCCACGGUGCAAAAGGAAACUGUUGGAAAUUUAACAAUUGAUACAGCUAAAACAAAGCCAUUAGACUCCUUGCAUGACUUGUUAAAUUCGGAAAAGAUUAAGGAGUUGUUGAUUAUUCUUUCAGGUGGGGCUGGACAUGGCAAAUCAACCAUCUUUAAGCGAAUCGUAGAUACUUGGGCAAAAAGUGGCUUGUAUUCCGAUUGCAGGCUUUUAUUCUUUAUUGAGUUAAAGAGCAUGAAAACCAGCUGCAUCAUUGAUGCAGUUUUCGACCAAUGUUUUGCAAGAGAUAUCAAGCCACAGCGCAAAGAGCUAAUAAAGAUAAUUACUGACCAUCCAAAGGAAAGUGUGUUCUUAUUGGACGGUUUAGAUGAACUUCGGCCCGGUUUGCUUGAUCUUGACGAGAAUGUCAAAUACUGUAUCUAUGAUUUAUUGCAUAACAAGGUUUUACGAGGCAGUCGCGUGUUGGUGGCAACACGGCCACAUAAGGUGCAAGAUAUUUGGAAAUGCAAGCGAAGAUUCGCUCUCGUUCAUACAUAUGGUUUCACAUCCGAAGGCACUAAUCAGUACAUCAAGAAGCACUUCACAGGUGAUACGAAGAGUACAGCAGAAAUGUUAAUUACGUGCUUGCAAAAGAAAGACCUUUGGAAGAAUAUGGCGCAGAUUCCAAUUCUUUGUCAGAUAAUGUGCAUAGUUUUCAGCAACUAUGCUGAAUUGUCUGACCGUGUAACGACAAUGUACGAACGAUUCACAAAGGUUCUUGCACAGCGCCGCUGUCCAGAAAAUGAACACCGCGAGGAGGUCGAGAAGAAGUUGGAUUCCGAACUCAAAGAUCUUGGAGAGGCUGCAUUUCAAGCAUUAAUUAGUGGGGUGAAUGAGUUGGUGUUGGAGUUUCGUGACCGUACAUCUGUCUUAGAGACUACAUCUGGAGAGAGUGGCUUCAUUCAGGUGGAAACUUACACAAGUAGCGACUUCCACAGGAAGAUAAUAGUCACGUUCAUCCACAAGACCUUUCAGGAGUAUGGUGCGGCAUACUACUUUGCGCACUUGUAUAACCACGACGAACAGGGGUUUCGGAAGAGGUUGCAGCAGAUCAAUCCGGACAAUGUCCAUGCACUGGAUUAUGUGCUUAGGUUUGCAUGCGGCAUAUUGAAGGGGUCUCCGGCCACUGGACUCAUCCUGGAGCACGUUCAAAAACAACUUGACAAGGGGGAAUCGUCGAAGGAGGUUUCACUACAGAAACUGGUGCGUCUUCUACUGUUCGAGUCCAGUUCUGACAAAAUGGCCAUUAAGCUAGAUCGACCAACUAACGCUGAAUGUAAAAGUCAGGAGGAUCUGCUAGCGAUGCACCAUUACCUGCAGAAUCUCCGUCAGCCACUAGUAGAACUGAAGGAGUUCACUGUCCACUGUGGAACGCAUGACGGAUUUGCGCUGCUGAGUGAUAUCAAUGAUCGACUGCGUGACAGCACUGAACUAAUGCUUAAUUUCAUUAUCACCUGUAGAUCGCAUGACGACCUGAAGCUGCUAAGGGAUAUGGUACUGAGUGAUAAUAUCCGGCUAGGUAAAAGAUGUUCACUCUGGAAAACAUUCUUGGUUUGUUACGUUAUGUGUGAACAAGCAAAUGAGGAGGUGAAGACUUUGGAAGAAACUCUUGAGAAGAUGGACGAGGGGCUUCGCGAUCAAUUACAACUUACACUGAAUAUCAAUGAGCUGUCUCAUCUUGAUGAAGACUUUGCGUUAGGAUCCAUGUCCCAUGUAUGCAAUCACAUCGAGAGUGUCUAUCUGCAAAACCGAACGUAUGAAGACAUCAUUAGCGUACGAGAUGUACUGGGUGAAAUUGAUUGCCAUCGGUUGAUAUUUCUAUCUGUGUCCGGUACCAACCUCCACGGCCGUCUUGUUGGUGUAGCCGCUCUUGUUCCUUGGCCCCUGAAGUCUUUGAUAUUAAAAUCGUGUGGACUGAAAGAUGAUGACGUCCCGGACUUGAUCAGCAUCCUGCCUGAUGGUUUGCGGUUGCUGAAUGUUGCAGGCAAUGCAUUCAGUUUGGGUGGAGUGGAGAAUCUAGCCACUCAUCUCAGGGAUCUGCCUAAACUAGCCUUUUUGGUUCUUGGUUACCAAGGUUCCGAUACAGAGGAUUUCAAGAAGGUGGCCAAGCAAAAUCUCCCAAAAGUCAGCUGUGUUUAAUUAACUGAUAACGAAAGAGGACAUUGAUUUGAUGAAUUUCUUAUCAGUUGGAUCACAUUAAUUCCAAAGUAGGCUGUUGAGCUAUUUCAUUCGUACUCAUGAAGACGAGCAGAGCAUACUGUUCGAAACGUCGAGUUAAAUCAACUGGUUCUUCUCAGACCCACACAACUCACUAAAAGAUAUCUUUCAUUCACAAGGUGUUACCGCAAAUCUUCCAUUCAAUUAUUACAUUCAUAUCGACAAUAAAGUAUUGCUAUGAUUUUUAUUACAGAGAUAUUUAUUUCCAUAACACAUCGUUGAGAAAUACACCAAAGAAAAUGAAAGAUAGAUAAAGAUGCCGAUCUGGCGUAUUUUUUUAAGGCUGGUUUGGCAGAAUAGUUCAAGUUGCAUACUGCGUGUUCUUAAUAAAUGAUGUUUUUUGUAUGUAUAUAUUUUUCUUUUACGACAACAAACUAUACUUGGCCGGUUGGCCCGAUUGAACCCUCAGGAUAUGGGCUUUCAUUUUUUCGCAGAAAUUAACUCUCCCUGCGUUAGCCGAUUUAUUGUUUGGUCGCUAAUAAUUCAAACUGUGUGAAAAAAUAAUUCAAAACUAAACGUCGUUGUUGUUUUUUUGUUCGAUGUGUAAUUCAAAAGUCCAUAUCUUUUAUUUUGAUGGGAAUACAGCCACAGAAAUAAAUAUUAUGUGUUACUCUUAUCUCUGGCACCUGUGUCAUACCAAGUGACUGUAUGAAUUCACAGCUUCAUCAACUGGAACACUACACCACUUGCCUUCCACCUCAGCAUGUCCACGGUUCAGACCAAGUCAAGACUUUUCCAUUGAUCGCCUUGGUUGCAGUGAUUGCUUGCCUCUACACAAUCGGUGCCCGGCUAGGCUCACAUCUUGACACUAUGGAAUGACUCAGCUUAACGUAGUGCUACGUACUUCCCUUCAUACCUUCCAUGCACCUCCUCUUGUCCAAGGUUCUAAUUCCGUCAGUGUUACUGCACUAAUGGGCUAAGCAUUACAGUGCUUGCUUGGCCUACACAAUUAGUACUCGGUUCAUAUCUUAGCAAAGUGGAAUGACUCAGUUUUGCCUUCCGCCUCAGCAUGUCUACGAACGAAGCUUGGCAUUGCAGCACUUGCUUACCUCUGCACAAUUGGUACCUGGUUCACAUCUUGGCAAUGUGGAAUGACUCGGCUUAAUGUAGUGCUACGAACUUCUCUCACCUUCCAUCUUUCAUUGGCUACGGUUCAAAUCCAACCAGGAUUACCUUGUUUUCUUUCGAUGUCUGAAUUGUGUCAAUCAGGCUAUCUGCUUUAUUAUUUCUUGUCUUUUGUCUCAGUUGAAGGUUAACAUCCAACUAGGGUUUCUGAGAGGCUUGAUUUGCUCUAAAUCGUGGCUGUUUGCAUUGGAUGUGUUCUUGAGGUAGUGGCCAGUUACUCCCAUUGCACAACCAUUCGGUUUGAUUCCCACCAAGGAAUAAUGCUACAGCUGCAAUAAAUGAUGUUUCUGUUAAGAACUGUUCUCUCUCAUCCUCUUCUUACGUCUUAGCCAUGAAUUUCCUUCCUGUGAAGUUCACAUCCAACUCGGGUCGCUUGAGGCUAAAUUGACAUUUAGUUCUGUCCAUAUGAAUAAUGGCCGUUUCUGUUGUUUGGACAUUUGGAUGGUCGCCUGGUACUUUAAUUGCACCAUCGCACAAAAAUCUAGUGUCUCCGGUUCGUUUCCCAUCAAGGGCAAAAGCUACAGCUUCUCGCAAGGUUUUUGUCGAGAACUGUUCUCUCACUUUCUUCUCCUUAAAGGUGAAUUUCCUUUCUUAUUUUCUCUCAAUUCUGAGUCAUUUGAGGAUUGACAGAGACAAAACCAUGUACACGCCCAAGACAAGAACAUGAAAUAAAUAUAUUAGAAGAUUUAAACAAUAUAUUUUGUGGCUCAUGUGCAAGAAUCAGUAGCGUCCGCGGCUUAAAAACAUGUCAUUUGCACUUUUUGAUCGGACAUUGAAUUGCUACUGUCAUGAUAAUGACUCGCACACUACUGUUAAUAUUAAAUACAACUUUAUUAUAAGAAAAAAUGUGGGCAAAAAUAUGAGUUAUCUUAAAACAAAAUUGCCAGGGAAUUCAUCUUUACCCCACCUGAAAGAAUAAUCAAUAAACAAUAAUAAAUUGGAGCAAGAAGAAAUCUCUAGAACUGAAUGUAACAUGUCUACAGGAAUUAAACUGAAAGUAUAUGCAGUCUUGAGAUCCUGUUAAGGAUUUGUCAAAACAGUAUACAUCGAAAUAACUAAUUUCUUCGCUAAAAGAAACUGGAUGUAAUGUUAGUUGAACAUGUAUUUUUAAACAAGAGGCAUUUCAUGAACGUGUAUAUACAGUAUAAACAGUACUCUAUGCAUAUUGUAUAUAAAGUAUAUAACAGCAGAUGGAAGGCAACUUCAGCUUUUGUAAGAUAUUUUCUGAAUUCCAAAGAGUCGUAUUGUUACAUCCAAUAAGAAAUGCAUCCAAGCAGGUUGUGUAAUAAUAUAUCAAUUCACGGUCCAUUCCAUAGCUGAUAUGAGAGAACCUAAGUUUUGGUAAGUUUUUGUAACCACCAUGGUUUUGUUUUGCUUGUUGACCAGCUGAUGCAAGAAAACUUCAGUUUAAGAAACAGGUGUCUUUUUGUGUAAUGUUAGUACACUACAUGUAUGCUUGUUUGCUGUAUGCAACAGUGAUGCUAGAAAGCUCCAGCUUUUAGUUCCAGAUCAAUGUAUAUUAAUUGACGCAAGACGGUUGUUGUGACUAAUUCUUUUAUUUGUGGUAUAUUUUAUAACCACUUUCUUAGUGACAAUGUAAGAAUGUUCGGCAAAUGCCGUGGCGUACGAGAGAAACUUUCAAAAUGAAACAUUGCGAAUAUAGUGAUAACAGCAGACUCAGAAGAGAACUGAAAUUUAAUUUUGACUGAAUUAAAUCUGAACUGGAUUUACGUGGGAGAAUUAGAAUGAAAUGAAGAAAAUAAUAUGCCUUCAAAUAGAUUACUUUUUCCUUUGAUGAUGUAAGAUGUUUGGUAAGAAACACAAUUGCUGAAAUGAACUUGCGAAAAAUACUAAUUUUAUUCAACCAAAGGGCCAUUUAGCCUAAAUAUUGAGAUAACAUAUCGAUUGAGAUAAUUGAAGUUGUAUACUUACAGGGCUUGACAUUAUUUGUUUACUUUUCAAGAAAAACACACACAUUUCUGGCUUCGAUGAAGAAAACACCUGUGAUUAUAUGCAGUACAUAUUUACUUUUAAGAACUUUAUUGUAAUAUUAAUUCUAAAAUUUAACCGGUAUAUUAUUCUUAGAAAACACACAUGAGGAAACAACACAUUCAUUUCCAUCCUGGCAUAGCUUUUCAGCCACUGCACUAUUUGAAUGGCCACUUUUAAUAUUAUAUAGGCCGUGGGUCAGAAAUCGUAUCUCGCCUAGAAAAUGAAUUCUGUUCAUAUUUUCUGGUGGCAACAUAAUAAUGAUUGUUCUUUGUCAAUUCAAGGGUGCUGAAUUGAAUUCUGUCUGUUGUCAUGCAAGCUGUCAGGUUGCACACGUUUAUGCACAAUUUUCAUCCACAGUUAAAUCAGUCACUCCAACAGACUCAAGUAAACACGCAGUUGGAUUUUGAAGGUUUUUUUGUGGUGGUUAUGGUAAAAGAUCUCAGGAACAGCUCCUCCGAUUUCAAUGCAGAUUGCCAUCCAAUUAGAAUGAUCAAUAAUAAUUAACUUUAAAAACGUGUCCGUUCAUAGACAAUAAGGUUUCAUUACGGUUGUUAAGUAUGCAUCCAAUGUUUAGACCGUAUACUUAGUACUUACGUACAAUGUUUUAAUGCAAACUGGUUAUAAAGGCAAAUCUGAGGUUUUCCAUAAGUCAUAAUUGAAUUUUUCCCUAUAAAUGUAGAUGACUAAAUGAUCUUAUUAACCUAAAAUCAAGUUUUUGAUGUCAUUAUGUCAUCAUUUUAUUAUUGAUAUGGUAAUGAAUUAUAAAAUUAUGCAUCAAAUAAUGUUUUGGUCAUAUUCAAUGCAUGGCUAACAGAAUAUUUGUUAAGGUGUCACUGUGUUUCAUCAAGCUUUCUGUGUGUGUCUAUUAAAACCGGAAUAAUAAUAAUAAUAAUAAUAAUAAUAAGUUAAAAUUUAUAUAGCGCCCGUCCAUGAAGAAAAUCAUGCUCCAAGGCGCUUUCUAUAUAAAAAGUUAAGACACAGGAUAAAAUUACAAUGAAAUGUAUACUGAAAUGGAAUUUCAAAGAUUAAAUAAUUAUGGUAAUUUAUUAUGCAAUUAUGCAACAUAACGUUUUCUCAAGGCAUUAUUGAUGUUUUUCUCUAAAAAGUGAUGCUGGACGAACUAUUUGUAGAUGACUGGAUUGCCAAUAGCCUGAAAUAAAUUCCUUCAAACCGGACCUUCGA